UAUGAGAGAUGUCGCAUUUUUCAAAAGUUGGUCGAAAUUUUAAAAUGCUCGUUUCUCAGCAACCCAGCAAUAUUUUUUCAAACGGAAAGCGCCAUUUUACUCAGAAAUGUCUAUAUUUUCUUUUAUGACUAGUUCGAACGAGUUCUGUGAGAUACGAUUGAACAGUGUCGGGCGUGGCUUAUGUGAAAUGGCUCUUAAUUGUUUUAUAUAAAUUAUCAAAAUUUUAGGCAAAUUUUCAUGGCCAACAAUUUGUUCAACAAAACAAACAAGAGGAAACAUUGUUCUUUGUAAAUCAAAAAUCUAAAAAGUCAUUAUCAAUGUUCAUUCUUCGUCAUUUCAUUUCUAUUGAAAAGAAAAAUUUUUAGUUAAAUAAAAUUAUGUGAGAAAAACACAAUAGAUGUGUUCUGUUGUGCUCCACAUAGCAUCCUACAUUCAGAUAGAAAAUUUUAAUUAUAUCGGUUAAAGAUGAUGACAUAUUUGAUAUAGUUGAGUUUUUCAAGAAAAUUAUUUUCUCGGACAAAGCCCACAUCUAUUGUGUUUUUCUCACAUAAUUUUAUUUAGCUAAAAUAAUAGUUUUUCUUUUCAAUAGAAAUGAAAUGACGAAGAAUGAACAAUGGUAAUCACUUUUUAGAGUUUUGAUUUACACAGAACAGUGUUUCCUCUUGUUUGUUUUGUUGAACGAAUUGUUAGACAUGAAAAUUUGAUAAUUCAUAUAAAACAAUUAAAUAAACACACAUUAAAGCAAUAUCUCGUUUUAGCUUUUAUGAACCGUAUAAAAUUAACAUGUUUAAUCACGAUCAAGCUGUCAAACAUGCCAAUCGUUCACGUCAACUAAUAUGGAGAGAAUUUCUUGAAACAUCAACAAUUGACGGAUUGAAAAGUAUUGCUGAUGCUCGAAAAAUUACAAAUUGUAUAUUUUGGUUAAUAACGUUUUUUGUAUGUGUUGGUGCAAUGGUAUAUUUUGUUGUCAGUAGUAUCAUAGAAUAUUAUGGAUAUGAAACAGAAACACAGGUCAGUAUUAACAUUGAAUAUCCAAUGGUAUUUCCAGCAUUUAGCAUUUGUAAUGCCGUUACGCUACGUGCAGACGUGGUAAAAAAACCAUUUAUUGAUUAUUUAUUUAAUAAAAGUCUUAUAUCUUCUAACGAUUAUACACAAACUUUAACAGAAUCAGAAUCAAGGUUAAUAAAUUCAUUUAUGAUCGAUUUAAUCAAUUCUGGUGUUCCCUACAAAGAUCUGAAAAAAUAUGGUUUUAUGCUGGAAGAUAUGCUGAUUAAUUGUGUAUUAGAUCUUCAACUGUACACUUAUAAUGAAUUAAGCAUGCCCUAUAUUAACGAUCAAACUGGCAUUGUAUCCAUAGUUCACGAUAACGCUCAAUUACCACAAAUUGACACUGAAGGUAUCACAUUGGCACCGGGUAUGAAACAUUUGAUUACAUAUGAAAAGAAGAGCUCAUCAUUUCUUGGUGCUCCUUACACACCAUGUACGAGCAAAUCUCGUGCUGAUUUAACAGUAUUGUUUCAUCAAUAUGAUGCCGAAUAUGAAUAUAAUCAAGUUCUUUGUCUUGCGGCUUGUCAGCAAGCAUACAUUUAUACGCAAUGUAAUUGUACGGAUCCAAACAACUGGAAUUAUCAUAAUAUUUUAAUCAAUAAUAUUCUCUUGAAAAGUCAGAUAUGCGUCACAUACAGUGUAUGUGUGAUACAAGCGAAAGGAUCAUUUGUUAAAGUUGAAAGUGAUUAUUGUUCACAUUGUCAACAAGAAUGUUCGCUAAUAACCUACACUGCACAAUCAUCAUCAUUUAAUGCACCACGUACAUAUGAAUUAGAUUAUAUAAAAAAAAACAUUGAAUCAAAAAAUGUAUCAUUACCGAUGGAUUGGAAUAUAUCAUAUAGCACUUAUAUUAACAAUAAUUACGUUGCUAUUAAGGUCAUACGCUUGUCCAAUAUAGUUGAAAAUUAUGCACAGCAACCAACUAUCACACCAACUGGUAUAGUUUCAGAUAUCGGUGGACAAACCGGUCUAUGGCUUGGUGCUAGUCUACUUAGCAUUAUUGAAAUAGUCGAAUUGAUUUAUCGUUUACUUCGGCGUAGCUGUAAACAGAAAACGGCGGUAGGAGACUCAUUACAGUUACAAAUGCAAGAUAUUUCACAGAUAUCCGGCAACUAA